UGACAACCAGGCGGUGCUAAGAAGGCAACAAGAUAGCUUACGUUGUAUAUAUCCCUGACGUCGGCAACUCAGAAAAUAGUCGGCUAAGCAAAGCUUCGGAAAUGGUGGGGACACCGUAGUGCUAAAUCGAGUGCGAAGUAGUAUAAACGGUAUUUUUUCUCCAUCAACAUUCUCCUACAGUUUUCUAUUUCAUCUACCUCGGUACAGUAAACUCUUGAAAGUAACAUCCCUCCAAGUUGUGGCGUAUUAAUGGAGGAGAAGAAGGAAGACGGCGACUCGGAGAUACAGGAACACGGACCCGAGCACUGGUUCUCAAAAUGGGAGCGGCAGUGCUUGGCCGAGGCGGAGCAGCGAGAGCCGAGCGAGGAGGAGGCCGACAACGACCAGGAUAAACUAUGGCAUCUUUUCCAGAACUCCGCCACCGCCGUGGCACAGUUAUACAAAGACCGAGUUUGUCAUCAACAGGGUCUGUCACUGUGGGUGCCAUUUCAGAACGCCGCUACAGCAGUCACCAACCUGUACAAAGAAAGUGCUGAUGCGCAUCAGAGAAGUUUCGACAGAGGCAUCCAGACAGGACACCAGCGGCGUAACAAGGACAUGUUGGCCUGGGUGAAAAAGCGGCGGAGAAACAUCCGCAGGGAAGAUCUGAUCAGCUUCCUGUGCGGCAAAGCGCCGCCGCAUAGAAGCAGCAGGGCCAGCAGCAGGUUGGCCAUGGUGGCUCCCAGCCGGGCUAACUCGCCGGCCGAGACCGGCUCGUCUGUGGAAGCCGACCUCCAGCCCUUCAGGGAGGCCAUAGCACUUCAUGGUUUGAGCGGCGCCAUGGCGAGCAUCAGCGUGCGCUCUGGUGCCCCGGGGUCGCCCACGCACGUGAGCGCAAGCAGUGGCAGCGCCACCGCCGGAGGCGGGGCUUCUUCGGGCUCGGGGGCGCUGUGCCGCAGCAGACGUAACGGCCUGCAGGACGUCGAUCUGAACACUUUCAUCUCGGAGGAGAUGGCGCUGCAUCUGGACUCUACCGGUGCCGCCUCCGCCGGGGGAGGGGCUAGGAAACGAAACUCCGCCCAAUGUAGCGACGUCAUCACGGACUCCCCCACUCACAAACGCAACAGGAUGAUUUGAAGCGCUCGCCUUGUCUCCCUUCCCCAUCACGCCACUUCCCGCCACAAGUGUGUGCAAGCGGCGACGGCCCGGGAUCAAGACACGACCGUGCCCUCUGACCUCACCCACCACCUUAAAAGGAAGUGACCACAUACCACUUCCUGUUACUUUGACGCUUCUUCUACCGCCAGUGUUCAUCAUUUACACGACGUGAUCGCCAAACUCAUUUUGUAGGGGUGUCCCGAUCCCACUUUCACACCCGAUAUCGGUGCCAUGUCAGCAGUAACGGCUUGCGUGGGCGAUACAAGCAGUCUUGCAGCGGGUUUGUGUGCGAUACAAGCAGUCCUGCAGUGUGUUUGUGUAUGAUAUCACAAGCAGUCCUUCAGCGUGUUUACUUGUGUGUGAUAUCAUGUGCGAUACAAGCAGUCCUGUGUGUGUGUGUGUGUGUGUGUGUGUUUGUGUGUGUGUGUGUGUGUGUGUGUGUGUGAGAUAUCAUGUGCGAUAUAAGCUCUCCCACAGCUUGUUUACUUGCGUGUGAUAUCAUAUGCAAUAUAAGCACUCCUGCAGCUUGUUUACUUGCGUGUGAUAUCACAUGCGAUACAAGCAGUCUUGCAGCAUGUUUGUAUGUAAUAUUGUACGCAAUGCAAGCAGCCCUGCAACAUGUUUGUGUGUGAUAUCAUGUGCGAUACAAGCAGUCCUGGAGUGUGAUAUCGUGUGGUAUACAAGCAAUUCUGCAGCUUUUUUACUUGUGCAGUUAACAUCCACAUGUCCUCCAAUAAGCACACAGUUUCUUCUAUGUUAAUCAAGUCACGUACACAUGGCAGCUACACAACAGCUAAGCACAUGUAGUAAUCAUUGACAUCAAGUAUCAAAUAAUUAUAGUUGCAUAUUACUUACACAUACUAAGUCUCCGAGGCGUAUUAAAAAGUAUCCAGUAACAAACGUGUCCGCUUUGUUCAGCUUACUUGGUCAUAAGCUUACCUUCAUGAAUUACUGUGACCACUAUGUGUGGCCAAAACAAUGACGACUCCACUUCACCUUAAAGACAGCAUAAGUCCAUUCCAGAUGGUUAAUAAGUUUUUCAUAUCUACCUUUUUUUUCUCUGACUCAUUUCACUUGGUCAAACCUAUUCUAAUAUUGUACACUAUUAAGUAAUACAAGUAUGUACUUGUAAUUCUGAUAUCGUAUCGCAUUAAUAUCCAAAGUGAAGAAGUUGUAUUGGGACGCCCCUAUUUAUUUGUUGAGCCAUUAUUUCUCAAUAACAUGUUUAAAAGCAGCUGCCCUUUUAUAUGUGACUUUUCUGAGGAGUUGCAAUCAGUUAUUUUGCACUUAACAUUUCAAUCUGCAAAGAAAAAUCGGCUCUUCCGCAGCGCUCUGCUCUUAGCCCCGCCCACUUGGUGGCCGUCACGCCCACAGGCCAAACUGUCCUCCAGCAGGGCCGCCAAGUGCACAAUGUGCUACAAUAAGAAUAUUUAAUAACAAUAUGACGAUUUUGUUCCAAAAGGAAGUAAAACAAGUUGGUUUCCAUUUGAAAGUCAGCUGGUGUCAUCGCUCUGACGUCACCGGCAGCACUUUUUGCUCAAAUUAAAACAAUAUUUAUUUUGCUUUAAUAAAUUAGGUCAGUGUCCCACAAACUACCAGGAAGGAUUUCUCUUUUGUAUAAAGUGUGCCACUUUAGUUUUGAACUGACUUUGCUUUAACUUUCAGCUCGUUUUUCCCCUGCAUGGACGCCCGUCUUUGUUUUGUUGCAAAACCACUAAAAACUGGGAUUACAUUGGCUGUCAACAUGUAACAUGUGGUGUUUUCAUAGGAACUUCCCCAAUCUGCUUUCACUUUCUGUUUGAAAUCAUUGCAACACAUUUGCUGUCAGUUCUGGCGUCACUUUGCUCUGCAACAAUCAUGACUUCAAGGCAAAAAGGAUGUUUCUCGUCAGUCGCAUCAAUAAAAGGGAACGUUUGUGUGGACAAAAGAAACAAAUUUCAUUUUUAGCCCAAUCAUCGUGUUCUAUACAGGCCAACACUAUUAUUAUUAUUAUUAUUAUCAUCAGCUGUUGAUGCAUAACUCAGAAAAGGGUCAACAAUGGCUAAUCGAUAUACUUAACAUUUAAUAGUUGUUAUGAUAUAUGUUGUUCACAUUGUAAAUAUGAAAUUAAACAGUUGCAAACUGAA